CUAGGUUUUGGAAAAAGCGUCUGGAUUUUAAUAGACGGGUCCAAACCGAUGAUCAUAUAAGAUUUGAUUCACAACUAGCUUUUCUCAUCAAGUAGUUAAUGAUCGGAAGUGCACGGAAAAAGUGUCAGUACAACUGGUAGAAGCCUUUACGUAUUAACUAGACUGUCUUCAUCAACCGACCUAACGUCCAUUGUGCUAUGGACUGAAGUUGAUGCGGGAAGUUUGGUUUUCAAGGUUGUUGUUCAGUAAUGUAUCCAGUUUUCCGAAGUGCAUCUUUGCUACACGUAAAGCAUAUUGGACCUUAUUACGUUUGCUUGCAAACGCAUACUCUGACAAAGCAGUAUGGUUUUAGUACCGUUUUCCCCCGGAGAAUUAUACCCUCACCUCUAGUUUCCACAAUAAUCUCUAGGAACGCGGGUCAUGGUAGAAGAUUGCCUAAAAUGGUUUCGGAAUAUCUGCCCCGUGUCCUCUUCGAUAGUUUGCACUUCUAUAUCAUGUUGGGUCUCGUUCCGACAUUGUUUCUUAUUUUUAUUGUCAAUGUGUUUAUUGGGCCAGCAGAGUUAACCGACAUACCGGAAGACUAUGAACCACGUUACUGGGAAUAUUACAAACAUCCUAUUACUCGUUUCAUUGUUAAGUACAUGUGCCAACACCCUCAGAAGGUGUACGAAUCUUCCUUGGCAGAAAUGGAUGAGUUUCGAAUACGCCGGGAACUGGUUGAUGAGGAAAGAUGGUUUCGUAAAUCUCAGCUGGAAGAGGGCGACUUUCGUGGCUGGUAUUUCAUCCCAGUUAAUCCAACUGGUGUUAACCGUUCAUUUAGCAGACUCAUGAGAGACCAAGAGUCUGCCCAACUCGCUAGUCGUUGAUUACGAAACUCGCCAAAGAAUUUUUUUUAUCUAGGCGGAGUCAACUUCAGUUGUAGACCAAACAUUAUCAAAAGCUCUGAUAUACACAUAUUAAUAAAAAUUUCAAUGUACUUACAUGUUUUUGCUAAUUGGUUGCUAGUCCCAAGUUCAAUUUGGAUAAUUAAACAACUUUAAUCAAAACAGUUUAUUUUAUCUCCGAGAAUCUGAAGAACCAUUUUGACUUAUUGUAGUGCAACCAAUAACUUACUUCGUAUGUCUCUCAGUGAAAUAAUAAAACAGAAUAAUCCCAUGUUCAUAAAAACUACUUUCAGUUGAUGCUCAUUGACCUUAAAAACGUCGGUGAAUACAACCACUUCAACGAUUCAUAUCUAACCUAGAGCAUGACACAGAUAGGCUGUAGUUUUAGAAAUAUUCAUUUUAAAAGUAACAAUUAUGCUUCUGUGUUUUUUUGACAGUAUCGAUUACAAAAAGCACUAAAACGGGUUCUUUUUACUGUAAUAAUUAUUACUAAGACGGUAAAGACCCAUCUUUUCUUAAUUGUGUAAUCAAUAGUUUCGAAUUGGAUUUAAAUACAUGGUUUCUGUCAUAA